ACAACACUGACCUAUGUGACAGCUGCCUGCCAGCGGUGCACACGUCUAUGUGACAGAACCUUUAAGCAGCAGAACACACUGUGACAGGCGAAUGAUGGAGCCCCCGGGGCUGAGUGCUGUGCUGGAGCUGCAGCGGUUCCCCAUGGACCAUGUCUCUCUUGUCCUGCUCCUACUUUACUCACCUAUUGGCCUCUGUCUUUUCAUUCUGCGAUUAUUUAUUGGUGCGCACGUGUUCCUGGUGAGCUGCGGUCUGCCGGAUUGCAUGGUGAAAAGGUCCGUGAUCCGAGUGAUGAGUUCAGUCCUUGGUGUCUUUGUCACUCAGACUGGGCAGCAGUAUCGCGAUCAGACAUCGAAGAUUUGUAUCUGCAAUCACAGGACGCAUUUUGACCACAGUGUUAUUAGCCUGAUUACCCCCUGCAGCACGCCCUCACUGUCAUGUGCCCCUGGGUUCCUAUGCUGGGCUCGGGGCUUCCUCGAGUUGGGUUCUCCUGGGAGUCGCACUCAGCUCCAAGAAUCUCUGAAACAUUAUCUGUCUCAACCAAGUAAUGCCCCCCUCUUACUUUUCCCUGAAGAGGAGACAACCAGUGGAAGGACAGCACUACUUAAUUUCAGCUCCUGGCCAUUCUCUCUAUCAGACACGGUUCAGCCGCUCACGCUUCGUGUCCAGAGACCCCUCAUCUCUCCGGCUGUCUCUGAUGGGCAUUGGGUCACUGAGCUCUUCUGGACGUUCUUCAUCCCAUUCACGGUUUAUCAAGUAAGAUGGCUUCCCCCCGUGUCCAGAUUACCCAGGGAGUCAGAUGAAGAUCUAGCAUCUCGUGCGCAGCAGCUGGUAGCCCGCUCCCUAGGAAUCGCCUGUACCAAUCACACAGCUGCAGAUAGAGCUGAAUAUUUAAAAAGAAGAAGCACAGAGCCAGCAACUACAGCCCCCCAGGCUCCUUACAUUUCCCCCUCAGAACGCCACAUGGCUGAGCGUGUUAAGGAAGUUCUGCCGCAUGUGCCACUGUCAGUCAUCUACAGAGACCUUGCCAGCACAGGCUGUGUAGAUGCAACAAUCACAAAUCUGUUAGAAGGCCGGGUCCCCUUUAUAAGGGAAGAAGGGACUUCAAGAGGGAUGAAUCCGUCAUCAGAACACCCAGAAGCAACACAGACUUCCAGGACUGUACGCAGAGGAUUUGGACGUAGGCCUGAGGACAGACACCUAUCGCUGCAGGAACGCAAGACAGCACUUUAUGAGUACGCAAGGAGCCGAUACCUUGAAAAAUUUGGAUCCCGCACCCAAGAGAACAGUGGAGUGAAGGGCUAAGAUUGGACAACAAGACCAAGGGAAAUAAAUCAUUUUUUGCUGCGCAUGGGAACUAAUAGCCGGCUGCUAAGAUAGAACUUGUCUGGGGGUGGGGCACCGCAAGAGGCUGAUAUGGAACUUGUGUACUGUGAGGGCAUCAAGAAUAAAAAGUGGAUUUGUAAGA